GUGUGGUAACAGGCUGGGCAGUUACCAUAUUUAAACAACAGGAAUUAUUAGGGAAACAGAACUAUUAGUAAGGGAAACAGAAGGGGAUUUUUAAAACCAAGUUGAGACGGUUUCAGAAGAUUUAAAGUGCAGGAUCCCUCAUAUCACAGAUUCGCUACCUUUUGAAAAAAAAAAAAGAAACUUCUUAAAAGUUUUAAGACGAAAAUCUUAAUUUCUCUGAGAGUUUGUCAAUUUAAAGAAAUUAUAUCGGAAAGCCGAAAAGUAAAAAAAAAAUGGUAGAGUUUUUAAAUUAUAUCAAUAUAGGAAACGUAAUACCCGUCAAAGGUGCCAAUAUGCCAUGCUUGCUGUCAUGCUGCCUAUACUUAUGGCUAAUCUUAAUACCUGUCAAGACAAGUGCACAGAAUGAAGACAGUGUAAUUGAAGUCUUAGUUACUUUGCCAAAAGACAGCGCAUACAUGUUCGCCAUCCCAAGAGUAAAACCAGCAAUAGAAUAUGCAUUGCAGCGGAUCAGCACUGAUGAACGGCUUCUUCCGGGACUCAUUUUUAAAGUCCACUAUGAGGACUCAAACUGUGGCAAUGAAGCCCUCUUCAGCCUUGUGGAUAGGUCUUUGAAGAAGAAGCCAGAUUUGAUUCUUGGUCCCGUUUGCGAGUACGCUGCAGCACAGGUGAUAAGGAUGGCAUCCCACUGGAACAUCCCAGUGAUUUCGGCAGGUGCUUUAGCAACAGGCUUCAGCGAUAAACUAAAGGAAUACACGCACCUGACCAGAGUUUCCCCUUCUUAUUUAAAAAUGGCGAAGACAUUCUCUGCAAUGUUUAACUAUUUCAGCUGGAAGAACGCAGUUCUUAUCUAUGAUGAUGACAAAGAAGAGCGGAACUGUUAUUUCACAAUGGAGGGGGUCCACGAAGUUCUUAAUUCGGAAUCGGAGGUACAUCAUCUAUUGCCUGUAUCCUUUAACUCCAAAGGGGGAGUGGAUGUUGACGAGAUAAUCAGGUCGAUCUACGCCAACGAAGUUGUUAUAAUGUGUGCUGGCAGUGAUGUAAUCCGGGAGAUCAUGCUUGCAGCCCAUCGGAGGAAAAUGACCAACGGCAAUUACAUUUUUUUCAACAUUGAUCUCUUCAACUCUUCAUUUUAUGGAAAUGGAUCCUGGCAGAGAGGAGACAAAUAUGAUGCAGAAGCCAAGCAGGCAUAUGCUGCCCUCAAGACUGUGACAUUAUUGAGGAGUAUCAAGCCAGAGUUUGAAAACUUCUCAGUAGAGGUGAAAAAGUCACUCCAGAAAGUUGGACUGGAUGAAGAAGGUGAAAAUAUCAAUAUGUUUGUGGAGGGUUUCCAUGAUGCUCUGUUGCUUUAUGCCUUAGCCCUUCACGAAGUGAUGAAAAAUGGUUACACUAGGAAAGAUGGAGCAAAAAUUGUACAGCAAAUGUGGAACAGAACUUUUGAAGGCAUUGCAGGCCAGGUGUCUAUGGAUGCCAAUGGUGAUAGAAAUGGGGAUUUCUCUGUGAUGUCCAUAACAGAUACUAAGGCAGGCACCCAUGAGGUUAUUGCUAACUACUAUGGCAUAAAUGGAAGCUUUGAAAUCCUGCCAAAUAUGAAGUUUGAACUUUUCCCUGCAGCAGGCAGACCGCGAAAUCCUGAACCCCCAGAACAUCCUGACAAAUCAUCAGGUGGACUAGGAGUAUCUGCAGUUACUGGUAUUAUAGUUGGAGCUCUUUUGGGAACUGCAUUGCUAAUGGCUUUCUACUUUUUCAGAAAAAACUACAGGAUAACCAUUGAGAGGAGAACCCGGAGAGAGGAGUGUGACAUAGGGAAGCAUCGCCAGUUGCGAGAAGACUCCCUCAGAUCCAACUUUUCAGCAGCAUAGAGCAAUGGAAAAAGUGCACCCAAUUGGGGGAAAGUUUUCGGUGGAUGAGACCAAAGACUCUGCAGGCUGUUGAAGAACUCAUUUUAUUUAAGAAGUAGAGUUAUUUUUGAAUCUCAAUUUCUUUGACUUUCGGAAACUCAGGAAAGUUGUAUCGAUCACAUGCUGCCACUUCAAAGCAUUUCAUCUCUGUAGAAACAAGGAUGUAUUUUUAAGCUAUAGGGCUUUUUUUUUGAGGCCAGUAUUGAGUCUGGGGGUAGUGAUGACACUCUGUAUAUAACCUCAGAUUGGCUGAGAAAGGCUUGUACUUCCAGGAGCCAAUGUCAAAAAUAAGGUUCAUAAUACAAGUCUAAUAUCUCUAGUGGUAAUAGAGGAAAGUGUGGUCCUUUGUUUACAACAAGGCUUCUUUUAUCCAGAUAUUUCACACACCUUGUCAUAAAUGCCAGGAAAUGAGA